CAGAUUAUAACAGAUAUUGAUGGUAUACGGGUUAAAAGUCGUAUAAUAAUUGAAAAGAAUAAUAAAAUGAUUAUAUUUGAUCAGGAUGGAAAAAUAAUCUUAAAUAUACCUGAACCUUUAUAUCUUAAUUCAGGUGUUUUAGAUGUGGCACAUUCUGUUAAAACACCAAUGCCAUGCAAAAUUUCUCAGGUUCUUAUUCAACCCGGACAGACAGUUGAAAAAGGAACACCCUUAAUUAUAUUAGAAGCAAUGAAAAUGGAGUCACCAUUUACCGGAAAGAUUGAAAAAGUAUAUUAUAAUACUGGAGAUUUAGUUGAAGAAAAUAAAGACUUGGUUGCAUUUGCAGACGAAUGA